UGUUCAGAGAUACUUCCUGAAUAAAGUUUAUAGCUUUCGAACAAUCCAAACUCUUUAGUAACGGUUAAAAGCAGAAAGGAUCGUAGACCUUUCUAUCAUUAUAUGCAAGUAUUGAGAGAAGAACUGGCAACAUCGCCUGUUCCAGCUCUCUAUAUACUGCGCAUUAUUUUUUUGACGCGACAGUAGCGCAAAAAGAGAAUGUUGCGUUGUCUCCUGAAUGGUAUGUUCUUCGCAUUACUCAAUCCUGACGCAAACAUGCUAAUUGCACAAGGAACUAUGUUGAAGAAAGAAUGCAGAUUUUAUGGAUUGUUGCAGAGCUGGUUGUUGUUAAUAGUAACGGUGUAAAAUAACAGAAAGCUAACUAUAUAGGAAGUUAUACGAAUAUUUUGAUGUGUAUGCUUGCAAAGGGAAAGAAGAAAUAUGGAUGAAGAAGGGGAGGAACCCUUUGUAGCAUUGGACUCUUUACUAGAAGUGAAUCUUGUUGAAGAUACGACUGCUGGAACGCCUACACUUGGUGAAGGAGAUCCUUUGAAAGAUGGCGGUCUAGAGAGCAGGCCUAAUAGGCUUGGAGAAGACGCUGUGAACAGUAACAUAAGUUAUGCUAAAAAUACAGGGCUGGAUAAUUGUGUGCCAGACUGUAAUUUGGAUCCUAUUCAGAUUGCAUGGGGAAUGGAUUUGGAAGAGGAUACAUUCUACAAGGAUCUCUUCAAAGAUGUGUCAACUGUGCGGUAUCUGCGACUACACUGCACCGUCUGUGAUACCCAUUUAGGAUGUAAACCAGGUUCUGUGCUCAUGAGGCAUCUUCGCUUGGGAACGCUCUUGUGUAAGGACUGCUUUACAUUUUAUGGUGCAGGUGAAUUUCCAGUUGCAGAAGAUGGAAGUGAAUCAUUCUGUUGCUGGUGUGGCCAAGGUGGAAGUGUAAUUUGUUGUAGCAGUUGCUCAGCUGUCUUUUGCAAGAAAUGCAUCAAACUAAAUUAUACCAAGAGUACUAUAAAAGAAAUUGAAACGAGCCCUGAAUGGAUGUGCUUUGUUUGUAAUUAUCGUUCGUUGUGGGAACACCGUGCAGUUUGUCGUGCAGCGAUUACAUACGAAUCCUCAGACCAUGUCUCUUUGAAAGGAGAUGAAGAGAACGAAACCCCAGGUCAUAAUCAAGAAUUCUGCUGCGGACCUACUGUCGAGCGGCGGAUACCCCGUUUAAAGAGCAACAUGCCUAGUGAGGUUACAUUUGGAGAAUAUAUCAAAGCAGGAAGAGUCAAGGCAUCUGUAAUGAAAAUGUUGAGGAACAUUACUGUGGACUCAAAUGAAGAUUUUAAAACUGAAAAUACAUCAGCUGACACACAAAAAACUCUUACUCACAGUGCAGCUUCCGAAGAAAUAGUAAGCAGUGAACAAAGUGGUGCUGCUAGCAAUUCAAACAAAGAAAGAGUACAUGCUUCUAUGGCUUCUCAUAACAUCUCAUACAUUGGUGUAGGUCCACUCAUCAAUCAGACUCAUUUUUCCAGUAUUAAUUCUCAACCAACAGCAGGACUUCCAUUUCUUAAUCAUGGCAUAAGACCUAACAUUCUCAGUAAUAAUCAGAUUAUACCUAGUGGGCGAGUAGUUGUGAUGCCACCUGUCCAUAUCCCACACCGUACUUCAGUUAUAAGAUUCCCUCAGCAGAACUCGCCAGCUGAUUCACUAUCUUUAGGUGCACUUCUUAACAGUAGUCCUCCAGUUGGUUCAGUAUCACAACAACCAAAUCCAAUGUUUCGUUUUCAAAGUGGAACAUCCCCUUUGGUCGUUGUAAGGAAGAGUAGUGGCGCAUAUGUGCCCAUGUAUGUAAAUAAUAGUGCCAGCCUUCACUAUAUACCAAAGGAGUCGAGUCAGAUUAGUGGAGUACCACACUAUGUACAGAAUCACGAUACCAAUGCAAUAACAAGUCAGCCCAAUCAACAGCAAGAAAAAUCUGAGAACAGUGUUAAAUUUGCCCAUAACAGCACCAUAAACAACGCAGCCCCACAUCAAUCCAACACAAAUGGUCAUACUUCUCAAAAUAUGUCGGCAACACUUGCAUGUACAGUAAAAACAUAUGCAAAAUCUCCUGUAAAUACAAAAUCGAAAACGCAAAGUAGGUAUAUUCAGGUGAGGAGUCCUACUGCAUUGCAGUCUGUUAGAGUAUCAGAUAUUGAACAUAGUCCUUUGGCAGUGAGUGAAUCACUUAGUUCUGUAAGUGCUGAACAGCAGUCCAUACAUAACUCUUUAUUACCAGAUUGUCCAUCAGGAACAGUUCCUUCGGCACCUACAUUGUUGGCAAGGGACCAAAGCAUGCUUAAUAGUUUGCUUACAGAUCAUCAUUCAAAAAAAUAUCCACAAAAUAAACCAGUAAGUGGGCUCACUUCCAGUACAGCCAGUUUAGAGGCUACCAGUGUGUUAAAAAACAUAUUAACUGAUGUGUUGCCAGAUUCCUCCAAUCCAGUUAAUGGUACUUCUUCGAACACAGAAGUUCCACAGGCUGCUGAUAUGAAUCAGACCUGUCCAGAGUUGCCUUCGAGGAGAGAAAUUCCACAGGCUAAAGCUGUGAAUGAAACCUGUCCCGAAUUGCCUUUGAGGAGUGAAAUUCCACAGGCUUGUGUUGUGAAUCAGACCUGUCCAGAAUCGCCUUCAAGGAAUAUAGAUGCCAUAGAGAUAAACUGGUUCAAAGAAAAUCUGUUGGCAGCAGAGAAUGUUGCAAAAUACAUGUUAACUCGCAUAACGUGUGUUCAAGAAGAAUUAGACAGUAAGCCUCACCAGAAACAAGCAUAUGAUGACAUGAUUAGUAAUUUUAAUAAAUUUUUAGAGAUUGCCAGCAAGAAACUUACAGAUGUGAACGGGAGUUUUACUGCCAAUCUUCAAAGGUGGAAAGCACACUCACCAUCCUCCCAUAUAGGCGUUUCACAGGAGUCGUGGGCAAACACUGAUAAGCAGAGCAGUGGAGAAAGUAUGAAUGGACAUAACAACACUCUUUCUCAUGAAGAUGUUGAAGUAAUUUCUGAAAAAGUGAGUGGUAAAAGGAAAAGAUCUAAUUCAGGUCUAGAAAUUUCUCUUCCAGUUACAAGUACAGUGAAUCCACGUCCGGGCAGUGCCGUUGUGCAGGAUGGGACGAGUAGCGACACCUGUACAGAUUCAUCACAGGCAGCUACUCAAGUUGCAAAACCUAUAAACACCACUUACCAGCCAACAAGGAUGUUUACACGUCGUUCUACAGCCACUAAAUCUGCAGUGAAAUGUUGCAGCAGUUGUGAGCCAGAUCAACAGUUACACAGUAAACUGGCAAAUGUUAAGCAGAAUAUGAGAUCUUCACGUAUUAGGCCUGAAAAGCUUGAGCAAGAUAAAUGUAUUCAUAUCCCAGAGAAGAAACGGAAAUUGAAAGAUUUAAGAAUAGUGUUAGAACGGAUACAAAAUCCUGGUCAAAUAGUUUUUAAAAGAGAAGAAAGUGACAACCAUAGCACCAAUGACAGCAGUGCACAGUCACUCGAAACAGUGGCAGUGGUGAAAGACCAAAGGCAUUUAGGAGUAGAUGACCUUGUUAAACAAUUGAAACCUUGCUCUGUUGUUAUACAUAGAUUGAAUCAAAGUGAUAUAACCCAAUGCAUUUGAUUUCCAAUGAGGAAACUUAACUUAGUGUCUUUAGCUUUGGAGCACUCAUGUAUCAGAAUUUUAUGCGCUUGUGGUGAAACUUUAUUUAAGUAUGUCUGGCAGUUUCAUUGUAACUUAAGGGGAAAAAGUUGUAGUUAUAGUGUUACAUACACUCCAAUUAAGCAAAUUUCCCAUUCAUUUCUUUGUAUGGACAUUAUCGUAUGUUUUAUUGAAUCACAUUCUGCAACAACAGAGCAUUGUUGAAAGUGUAAGUGAUAUUUGUGUUGGGGGAGAUUUGGGCUGAAAACAGGCUAGUGUAUAUAGUGUACAACCAGAAUUUGUAUGAGGAGUGUAAAAUAAUGACAAAUGUACAUGCAAAAGUAAGAAGUCAGUGUGUGAUGCACCAAUGAAGACGUGGCAUAUGUUGCUCAAUCUCCUGUAAAGCGCUGAACCUUUAUUGCUUCUACCAUGAGAAAUGGCAAUUCCUUUGUGUUUACUCUAAUUAUUUGAAUCACAUCAUUUUCUUAUGUUCCUUCUUAAAGUGAACUAACAUAUUCAUUCAAGUUUGAAGUAUCAUAUAUUUUUACUGUCCAGUGUUCUACAAUUUUGUUUCUGAUUUACUGAAAGUAAUUGGUAGUGUAAAAGUGAAACAGAAGUCUGAUCUGAUGUGUUGUUAUAAAGUAAUCUACUGUUUACUUUGUGUAACUUCAUUUUAAACUAAAUGUUCAUAUUAAUACAAGACUUUAAGAUCUGAUA